AUGAAGCCGGACCUCGUCGCAUACAAAGAUGCAGACUGCGUGGUCUUGGACGCCCAGAUCGUGGGGACCACCCUGGGACUGGGGUUCCACCAUGCCCAGAAGAAGGCCAAGUACAGCGUCCCAGACCUCCUUGACCAGAUCCGGGGAGACCGAGUGUGGGCGGCUGAGAGUGCCCAUGACCUCAAGGAACUUGGCUUCACCGACAACGACCUCAAGAUCAUGUCUGUCCGCUGCCUCCAAGGCGGCAUGGCGUGCUUUCGUCGGCACCGCAACAUGACCACUGUGGUGCAAGCCACGGGCGAAGACGUCGAAACCCGUUGCACUAGUUCAGGCCCGCCACCAGCCUAG